CGCAGGGAGCGAGGGAUGAGGAGCACGGCGCUGCGGCGCUGCCUGGCCCCGGCGCUGCCCCGGCCCUGGCCCCGGAGCCGCGGGCUCAGCGGGCUCAGCGGGCUUAGCGGGCUCAGCGGGCCCGUCCCCGGGGCCGGCACGGCGGCGGCCGCCCGCAAAGUCAUGGAGAAUGCAAAGAAUUCCUUGGCCUCUCUUAAGAGAGAAAACCCUUGGCUUGAGCCAACGCUUGCCAUUAUUCAGGCACGUAAUGACCAUUUGAUUCAAGAAGCAAACAAGAACUUUGCCAAAGAGGUUGGUCUGCGUGUUAUUCACAUCUGUCUUCCUGAAGGCAGCACCAAGGAUGAGAUUGUCAGUGAAAUCUUGAGRCUUAAUGAGGAUCCUAACGUGCAGGGCCUUGCUCUUGACCUYCCAGAAAGCUUAUAUAGCAGUAAGGUAUUAAACGCUGUGAAACCAGAGAAGGAUGUGGAUGGAUUAUCCAAUGUAAACCUAGGGCGCUUGGUACRUGGUGAUGUCAGUGACUGUCUCGUUCCUCCUACAGUGGGUGCUGUGAUGGAGCUUCUUGAAGAUCUAGGUGGGAAGCGGGUGCUGCUGCUGGGGGCGCGYGGGGCGCUGGGUGCCGCCCUGCAGAGCGAGCUGCAGCGGGAGGGAGCCGCCGUCCUCAGCUGCCACUGGGACACCCCACAGCUGCAGAGUGAGCUUCGUCACGCAGAUGUGGUGGUGUUUGGCAGUAYGAAACCCAGUGAUGUUCCUGUGAGCUGGAUGAAGCCUGGAGCCACAAUUAUCAGUUGUGCUCACGACCUGCUCUCAGAGAAACACAACUGUGGUCAGCAAGAUAACCCUGCUGGUGAAAAGACUGUUGGUUCUCUUGCAGUAGCAAUCAGAAUGCAGAACAUGGUAAAAAAUAUGGAGCGAUGGAUCCAGUCCCAGCAAUCCAGGAAGUGGGACCUCCACUGCUUGAAACUGCAGCCCCUCUCCCCAGUGCCCAGUGAUAUUGAGAUUUCCCGAGCACAGAGUCCAAAAGCUGUUGAUGUACUUGCCAAGGAGAUAGGAUUGCUUACAGAUGAAAUUGAGAUCUAUGGCCAAACCAAAGCCAAAGUACGUUUGUCYCUGCUGGAAAGGUUAAAGGAUCAACCAGAUGGAAAAUAUGUUCUAGUUGCUGGAAUAACCCCUACGCCCCUAGGAGAGGGGAAAAGCACGGUCACAAUUGGUCUUGUUCAGGCGCUCACUGCACACCUUAACAUUAAUUCCUUUGCUUGUCUGAGACAACCUUCUCAAGGACCUACUUUUGGAGUUAAAGGUGGAGCAGCUGGGGGUGGAUACGCUCAAGUGAUCCCCAUGGAGGAGUUCAAUCUUCAUUUGACUGGAGAUAUUCAUGCUAUAACUGCUGCAAAUAAUUUGCUGGCDGCUGCUAUUGAUGCCAGGAUCUUGCAUGAGAAUACUCAAUCUGAUAAGUCUUUGUAUAAUAGGCUGGUUCCAGUAGUUAAUGGUGUGAGAGGAUUUUCUGCUAUUCAGCUUGCCCGCCUGAGAAGACUGGGAAUAWGCAAGACUGAUCCUGAGACUUUGACAGAAGAGGAGAUCAGCAAAUUUGUGCGCCUUGACAUUGACCCAUCAACCAUAACAUGGCAAAGGGUGGUGGAUACAAAYGACAGAUUCCUGCGCAAAAUAACAGUGGGGCAGGCGAAUACGGAGAAAGGACUGGUCCGUCAGGCUCAGUUUGAUAUUGCUGUUGCAAGUGAAAUUAUGGCCAUCCUGGCACUUACCACCAGCCUUCAAGACAUGAAAGAAAGACUGGGGAAAAUGGUGGUGGCUAAUGACAAGAAAGGACAACCAGUAACAGCAGAAGAUUUGGGAGUAACUGGUGCUUUGGCAGUUUUGAUGAAAGAUGCAAUUAAGCCAACACUAAUGCAGACAUUAGAGGGGACACCGGUAUUUGUUCACGCUGGACCUUUUGCUAACAUUGCACAUGGAAAUUCUUCUGUUUUGGCGGAUAAAAUCGCCCUUAAAUUAGUUGGAGAGAAAGGAUUUGUAGUAACUGAAGCUGGCUUUGGUGCUGACAUUGGGAUGGAGAAAUUCUUCAACAUCAAAUGCAGAGCAUCUGGCUUGGUUCCCAGUGUGGUUGUACUUGUUGCUACAGUGAGGGCUUUGAAGAUGCAUGGAGGUGGGCCAAAUGUAACUGCUGGUGCCCCCUUGAAGAAAGAAUACACAGAAGAGAACCUCCAGCUGGUAGCUGAUGGCUGCUGUAAUCUACAGAAACAGAUCCAAAUUACUCAGCUCUUUGGAGUUCCUGUUGUGGUUGCUCUAAAUGUCUUCAAAACUGACUCUCCAGCUGAGGUUGAUCUGGUGUGUAAGAUUGCAAAGGAGUCUGGAGCAUUUGAUGCUGUACCCUGCAAUCACUGGUCGGCUGGUGGUAGAGGAGCAGUAAAAUUAGCUCAAGCUGUGGAAAAGGCAGCCAAUCAGAAAAACAGUUUCAAAUAUCUCUACGGCUUGGAGCUUCCUAUUGUUGAAAAAAUAAGGAUCAUUGCUCAGAAGGUGUAUGGAGCUCAGGAUGUGGAGCUGUCUCCCGCUGCGCAGUCACAAGUCGAUCGUUACACCCGGCAGGGAUUUGGAAAUCUUCCCAUUUGUAUGGCAAAAACUCAUCUAUCCCUCUCCCAUCAGCCUGAGAGGAAGGGUGUUCCCACUGGUUUCAUUUUGCCAAUUAGCGAUGUGCGAGCCAGCAUUGGAGCUGGAUUCAUCUACCCUCUGGUAGGAACGAUGAGCACCAUGCCAGGGCUGCCCACAAGGCCAUGCUUCUAUGACAUUGACCUUGACCCCAUCACAGAGCAAGUGAAAGGAUUGUUUUGAGAGCGACGUCCAAAUUCAGAAGCCUGAAAAUUAAGAACUGCAACUUUCCUGUUUCCUGCAAGUAGGAGACAAAAAAUGAGUCUGAAGUAUUCCUGUUAUGUGUCUCUGGAGGAAUGUCAAGAUAGACCAAAGAGCAAAAGUUUACUCUUUCUUCAAACUAGUUUU